CAUGUUAUCGGGGUGAUACCGUUUAACGACACAGUUUGCCGUAUGAAUGUGCAUGUAUGUGCAAAUUACGACUAAGACGUGUUGAUUCUGUGAGACGGAAAGUUAUAUGACUCGGUCAUCGAGUGAAAAUAAACAAAUCGUCAUUCACAUCGUGUGACGUGCGUAAUGUCGUUGAGUGUGAGUGUCUAAGCGGUCGAUGUUGGUGUGAAAUUUAACUGGGAAAGAUGACACUGAAGAAGGAAGCGAAAAGGUCCUUGAAAAAGAGCAAGUCGAGCCACAAAGCAACAAAUUACAGUGAUGAGAGCGCAAGUGCGACGCAGUUGGGACACCCCACAAAGGAAUGCAAGCAAGCGAAAUCAGAAGCAGAAUCCUUCAACGUCAAGAGAUCGUCGUUGAAGGAAACCUCGUUGAAGGAUGCGGACAAUUCAAGCGAGAAGCUCGAACGGCAUUCGUCGUUCCGUCGGAAAUUCGGCGCUCUGUUGAGAAGGAGUGCCGAGUUACCGGCGGUGAUAAACCAUAGCCUGCAGCCGAUCAGGCGUAGUAUGAGCUUUAGCAAGGACCUUCAUCGCAGCCACGAGCCUUCGAGGCAACCCUACAGGACCAGCAGCGUGCAGUGGUACAACAGUCUCAGCACUCUCAGUUCGUUAGCGGAGGAUGAGGUCGAUGCCGAUUGCAAGAGGGCGAGCGCCUCCGAGGUCUUCGAUGGCAGGGUGACCCAAGUCACCAGGACGCACAGUCUGAUGGAGAAGUAUCCUACUACUAAUUUUAGACGAAGGGUGAAUACUUUGUCACAUCCAUUAGCAUCUCCUUACGGACGACACAGCGAUUACUAUCACUCCAAUAUAGAUCUAAGCAAUCCUCCCUGUGAAGCAAGCAGUCUUCCGGCUUUGAGUCGCGUUGCCAUUGACGCAUAUGAUAAUGAAACGAAAUUAUCACUAAGAGAGCAACAGGUCAGGAACGGACCAGGGAAUUUCAGAUCCAGUGUCCGAAAAUUAUCUCCGUUAGGAAAUUUUAUCAAACAGCAUUUGGUGCGUUCAAGGUCGUUGACGCAGCUAGACUCCCUGAGUGGCAGCAUGUUAGAUACGGGGGAGCAUCAUCUGGAGGGCGAUCCCUCGCAGCAGCAACCCCCUCACCUGCAUCACCAUCAGCAGUCCCAUCAGCUGCAACACCACCCCCUCGGUAUUGAAUACAAUCGGAUUCGAUUUCUCGCACCGAAUGCGACACCAACCGAGAUCGCGAACUCCAGUCGCAGGCACAAAUUCUCACGAUCUCAGGUAUCCAGUAACGAAUACUUCAGCGUCAGUUUCGAGGUGAGCGACGACGUCUUGACUUCCUUCGAUCGGGAGGAGUUUCUGCCGGCGACGCGGGGAACUUACCUGGUGGAUGUGCUGAGUCCAGCCUGCGAGCGUCGCGGCGUCGAUUUAUCGCGCGUCGAAGUCCUGGACAGUUCUUCGACGCCGUUAUCCCUGCUGACAACGGACGCUUCUACCCUCGGUGGAAAACACCUACGAGUAAUCGUUAAAGAUGAAAGAUUGAAUUCUCGGACACCUAGCCAAAGAGGAAAUCAGAACGUGCUGUUACGGAAAGCCAGUGGGAAUUAUCGGAGUCGAAGCGGUCGUUUCUUUAGCGUUUCCACCGAGGACACGAAUGUUGAUUCCGAGGUUGGUACUACGGUUUCUUCCGGUCGAAGUUCUGCCGGGGCUACAGGACUCAAAGCUAGUAAACAGCGAUGGAGCGGGUUCUUCACUAACACUAAGGGUAUCAAGAUGGACUUAUUAACCGCUCAGCUAGACGAGUACAACAAACAUGGCGUACCGAAACUCGCGAACGUUCAUUUGCAGUGCGACGUGACGAUUAUUAACGAAGAAGCUCUUUACAAUUUAGAAGGAGACUGGCGCGACAUUGUCGAGAAUUCACAAAUGCUUUCUGAGAAACACACGCAGCAGCAGACUGCACUCUGGGAACUGGCUGAAACCGAAGUAGCAUACAUUAAGACGUUAAAAGUUGUGACCGAUCUCUUCAUGGCGUGUCUGUGUAGUCUGCAAGCCUCGAAUAUCUUGAUCGAGGUCGACAAGCUGAAACUCUUCAGCAAUAUACCUGAUAUCUACGCCGCUAAUCGCUACUUUUGGACUGAGUACCUACUCGCGAUGGUGAAUGCGUCGCGAUCGAGCGGGCAGCCGCUUGAUCCCGGUCAUCUUCUACUGGGUUUCGAAACUUUCGAGCAGACGUUCGCGCCUUACACAAGAUACUGUGCCGAGCAGAGCAAGUGUCAGCAGUAUUGCAAGGAUCGGUUAAACGAUAAUCAGCUUUUCACAGCAUACUUGGUGUGGUGCGAAACACAAAAGGACUGUAACCGACUGAAACUUAUGGAUAUACUGGUUAUGCCAAUGCAGAGGCUCACCAGAUAUUCACUUCUGCUCAAAGCCGUCUACAAGAACACAGAGAACGAGGAUCAACGCGCAGAAUUGAUACACAUGAUUAAAUCCGUGGACGGUUUUGUGGUAUCCGUGAAUGCUGCGCUGAGGAGAAACGAAGAAGCUGCUCAGUUGGACCACGCAGCCUCUCGUUUGGAAUGCUAUGAUGUCGUGGAAACCAAAGGGCUCGACGAGGAGGUGGAGAAACUGAUAAAGUUGUACAGCAAUCUCGAUAUUACUACAGCGCCGAUGCCCGGCUGCCCAAAGGAUAGCUUGAGGACUCUUCUUCGAGAAGGAGACUUGAAAUUAAGAGACGCUGCCACCAGCAAGAUGGAAGUGCACGUACUUUUGUUGACCGACAUGCUACUAAUCUGCAAGCCGUCGACGAAGAAAAUGUUGAAAAUCAUUAGGCAGCCAUACGUCGUCGAUCGCAUACGAAUACACGAGGUCAAGGAGCCAUCUAGUCUUGGAUUGGUUUAUCUUAACGAGUACGGGACAGUUUCCGCCGCUUUAAUUCUCAGCGCUGGUGACCCGAAACUAGCUAAGUCGUGGAUGGACUCCUUGAAACAGGCUCAACAACAAUUCGUAUCGAUGAAAGUUCCGUCACUCGGUGAGCCCGUGAUGAACCUGGCGUCUGUCAGCAGGCAGCCGAGCACAUUGGGCGAUGGCGAUUUCGAAGUAGAAGAGUAUGACAAUACCUUUCCAAGAACUCCACGUGGCAGUAGCAGAGCUUCGCACGGCAGCAGUCUCGCUCACAGUCACAGUGGUAGCAUGGAGAUGGAAGGUGCAUCUCCGGGUAGCAGCAGCUUCCUACCGAGCUACAACCCCAGCAGGAACGUUAGCGUGGAUACAAACGAGCAACCGCGAGCGUCGAGCUCGCUAUCGUCGGAAGAAGGCGGCGAAUCCAGCUCCGGGCACAAUCAGCGAGCUAUACAUAUGAGACGUUCGUUGAUGAAUAAAUCGCCGACACCGAACACGCUGAGCGUCCACGUGCCAUAUUCAAGUCUGGGUCAAUCGCUGCCCAAUCUGACGCUGGCCACCUCACCGCAGACCUCCACUGUGUCACCAACGCCGCCGAACUCGUUACUGAUCGUACCGCAGAUGACCAAGAGCAAGGACACUCUACUUUCACCAGGACACCGAGGUAGUAUAUCCUAUCCACCGCCAUCGCCGCCGCGAAGUGCUCUCAGACGAGGGUUUGCAUUACCACAAUCUCGGAAUCCGCCUUUGAUGAAAACGAGGCACGUAAAUGCAUCCCUGACACAAUCAGCACAAGUAACUAUGGGCAGUUCUGACACCGAAGUUAUCGAAGAAAGACGGAGAAGGAUAGAUUCUUCGCAGAGAGUACCAUCGACGAGCAGUAUCGUCGAGGAAAAGAAAUGACCUGCGAAUUGACCUGAAAGAAGAAUUUUCCAAACGUUUGGUAUGGACCACAUCAUCGACGUGGAUGUACGUGAUAUGUAAAGGCUCGACGUGAUAUGUAAUGCUUGACGUGGAAUAUAAUGCUCGACGUGGAUGCACGUGAUAUGUAAUGCUCAACGAGAUGCAUUCUUCUCUCUAUGUGUGGAUAGUGCACACAGAAAAUUCGAGGAGCAUUGAUCUUCGAGGAUUGAUUGUCUCGCACUCUUUGAAAUCCUACAAAACGAGUCAAUCAAUACAUUACAAUCGAUUGGGGCCAUUCGAAAUCAACGUGUGAAGUUUGUACCACUACCGUAUCGCUACUUUUAUCUCGUUAUCUCCUUGUAAUUCGUAGAUGUCUCUUUGUAAUAAUUGAACUAAGUCUGAGUUAUCUAUGAUUAAUAUCGCAUCGUGGCGUGUGUCGGCUGCGUGCAAUAUUAAAUACAGAUUUCGACUUAGACUUUUAAGCGAGGAACAGAAAGGCCUACUUAGAGUAACUACAUUAAGAUUUCAUAGUGAGUAGGGCCGCAGCUAGCGUAUAAUACGCCUUUUUAAAGAAGUUCAUUUAGGCGCCUUACGAUAGAACAAAAAUCUUUGAAGAAUCGAAGAAAAUUGAAAAUUGAUUUCGAGCGAGGAAACCAGGAAUGUGCAAGAGUACAAGUUGGCGUCUUUCUUUCCCUUUUCCUAUUGUAGGGGCACAAUGCCUACUCAACGACCAAAAAAAGAAAGAGAAGGUUUUGAAUACAAUUGCCUUGUUCAGACUUAACGCAUUAAUGAGAAAUAAGAUCAUACAAAGACAUCGAAACCUUUAAAAAUUUGUAGAUUUUAAAUCGCUGCGUUCAUUCUAAAGAAAAGUCUCAAUUUUACGGUGCGAUAUGUAAUCGACAUCGCGCAAUUUAGACAUCGAAAUAGGAAUGACAGUUACUUCAUCUGUUUUAUUUAGCUAAUUAAUCUUGUUUAAAAAUUUAUUUUACUCUUCAUUCAAU